AUGGCGCCCGAAGGAGAAAAGAAAUUGGCUUGUCUGGUAUGCCGACAUCGCAAGGUUGCAUGCGACCGGCGACGUCCAAAAUGCGGACUAUGCGAAAAGAGUAAUUUUGAUUGUCAAUACAAGGCAAGAGAUCAUCGGCCGGGCUUGAGAGCGGGCUACGUAUCUCAAUUGGAGAAGCGUGUCGACGACUUAGAGAGAAGAAUGGACGAGGUAGUGGGCCAAUUAUCUUACGAGCGACCUCGGCAUAUUGAACCGGCGCAUUCUGAUACUGAAACAAAUAUUGAAUCAUCUAUCGUCUCAGCGGUACCUCAAGUCGGUUACGAUAAUGUGGAGCGCGUGCAUGUUCCUCGGCCAGACGACCCCCGUCUAAAUCACGACGCCUAUGCUCCAGUCACCUUAGGAAGCCCUACUGAAGAGACUCUCGAAUAUGAACUACAAGAGUCAUGGCUACGGAGCUACCAAUCUUGGUUUCCUGUUUUGCAUCGGACAACUGUGGUCAAUGCCUUCUCGACUACGCUGCCGGGUCAGACAUUGAUUCAAAAGGCAAUCAUGGCAGUCACUAUCUGGGAUAUGCCAGGGAUGCUUACUGAGCAAAAGCAGACGCAUUCAAAAAAAUUACAUGAAGAAGUCAUUCUAAAUGCGAUGGCGUCUUCAAAAUUUUCUUCUUUGCAGGCUCUGCUCAUUUUAGCGAUGCUCACAUGGGGCGAAGGGAAAUGGUCAGAGUGCGGCCAUCUAAUCGCCAUAUGCAAAAGGUGA